AUGAUAAAAACUAAUUAAAAACAAUAAAGCUCUUUUUUCUUUUUCUUUUUAUUGUGCUUGCUUUUUUUUGUUCUUUCUUUGUUAAUUUAUUUAGCUCAUCUUUUUAUUUUCAAAUUUUUUACUUUUAUUAUUAAUGAAUUAAUCUUAUUAUUUCAUAUUUUUUCUUCAUUUUUUCCUUCUAAUUAACUAUUUUAUGAUAUAUUUUUUCUUCAAUAUUUAAAAAGUUGGAAUUAAAUUGGUGUCGAAGGUGCAUCAGGCUUAGGUUCUGGUUUAGCAAAUUGCAUUAAUCUCUCAAAUUUGACACUUAAACUUAACCUAAUCAAUGAAUCAUAAAAAUUGAAAGUUAUAAGCAAGUGUCUUAAAUUAAAAAGACUAGUUGUCUUUAAAAAAUUAUUCUGA